AUGGACCCAAUGGACUUCUUAGCGACAAACUCGCUGUCAUUUUGGACGCGUUUUGAGAACUCGACAAAGUGUUUUGAGCUGGAUUCAAGCUUGACCGAAUCUGUGCAUAUUAUUGACACAAUUGCCGCUCAAAGACCACAGUCGACAACCGCGAUCUCAAAAACCCAGGAGUGCGCCAACUUCGGAGAGUUGAAGAGCUAUCUAAGCAACGGCAGCAACUUGAAUUACUCUUCCCGAUUAAUAUCGAUAAGUCAAAAGAACUCCUGGUCGAGAUUGCAAAUAACCAAGCCGAUGCUGAGAGAGCUUAUGGAGCAUCAUGAAGUGCAUCCGACUUUUCUUGAAGUACCGCUGAGCUUUUCAUACCGUGAUACCGACGAAGAACAAAGUUUCUGUGUACCUUGGACCGUGAGAGAAGACGAGAAUUCUAUCCAGGUGUUCUACACUUUUCGAUAUGCCGAAUACAAAGGCCAUCCGAACGAACCGUGGGUCAUUCGUCAAGCCGGCGUAUAUCAAAGGUUUGACAUACACAAGAAAUCGUCCUUGUACGUCCUGGUGAAUGCGUCUCCACAAUCUGCAGCAUACUGCAGGGCGUUGGAAUGUUUCUCGAAGUAUGAACACCAGAUGCAGCUUGAUCCUCUCUGGCUCCACGGUGUCAUUCAUGCAUCAUACUUCAUGUACUGGCGGGAGUAUAUCGCAGAGUACGAGAAGCGCUUACUUCCAAUCGCCGACAUGACGACUUCGACAAUGAUUAGUGAGCCGUUGCGAUUGCAGAUGGAAUCCCGUCUGGAUAAUGCGCGACGUUAUACACGGACGUUCAUCAGAACCGCACUUUUUCUCCAAGAACGAAGCAACAAUACUGCCACGCUUCUUGCUGACACUCUUGCUUUUCGAAACCAGGGUGUCGCGCAAGAGCAGAACGGAAGUAUGGUAGUACUGACGAGAUCAGCCGUUUUUAUUACGGUGAUCACGCUCAUCUAUCUCCCGUGGACACUUGUUACGGGCAUAUUUGGCAUGGAGUUCUUCGAGCUGGAUCUAAAGACGAAUCGUUUGAUCACAUCGCCGCAGAUAUGGAUCUACUUCGUGACGGCCAUGGUAACAACUAUGUUUACAGUAGUCCUGUACUACGGCAUGGCAGGUCUUCCGAAUCUUCGCAAGCUCGGGGCUGGUUUUUACGGUAAGUCAGAAGACGAAGAUUUGCCCCAGAGCAUUAGGAGAAGCUCCACCGAUGUUGAGAAAAGUCCACGGCUACUAGCUUCGUAA